UCAUUUAUUAAAAAGUUAACCAAAGCAAAUCUAAGAAGCACACACUUUAGGUAUUCGAUGAGAGCUACUUCAAUUUUAAAUUAAAUGUCAAACAGGGCCUCUUAAUUCGUGAAUACUGGUUUCUAUAAAAUGAUGUUUAAAAGUUUGUAUGUGGCGGGCUCUAUUGCGAUACACUUUCACCCCGCGAGGUCAGCGGCGGUUCUUCGGGUACGAUCGCCGAUCAAUGCCAUUCCAUUCGUCGGAGUCGCCAGUUCGUCGGUUUCCCCUUCGAAUACUAACAGGAAAAUGGCAGAUAAAUUAACUCAAGAGGAACGUGAUACACAGCUACAUUCCCUUCUCCAGAAUGGGUGGAAAUUACAAAGUAAUCGUGAUGCGAUAGAAAAAGAAUAUCAAUUUAAAAAUUUCAAUGAAGCAUUUGGUUUUAUGACCAGAGUAGCCCUCUUGGCUGAAAAAAUGGAUCACCAUCCAGAAUGGUUUAAUGUUUACAAUAAACUCCAGGUAACAUUAUCAUCUCAUGACGUCAAUGGUCUAAGUAAACGUGACAUUAAAAUGGCAACAUUUAUGGAUAAGAAUUUCAGCUAAAUUAACCAUUACAAAUGCGAUCAAGGAUAAUAGAUACUACAUAAAGUUUUUGUUUAAUAUCCUGUUAUGAAUAUUUUUAAUUGGAUGUCUAUAACUUUUUAUAAGUAUAAAUAUAUUUAUUUGUCUAUUAUAUUGU